AUGUCAGAUGGCGGGAAGUCGCGCUCGUCGUCUUCAUUUCAUUUCUUCGCAGGCCUGAGCUCAGGCAUUCUCUCGGCCGUACUCCUCCAACCCGCCGAUCUGCUCAAAACCCGUGUGCAGCAGUCGCGCUCAAGUACACUUCUCGGUACGAUUCGCUCCAUCGCCAGUGGUCCAAAUCCCAUACGCCAGUUCUGGCGCGGCACUCUACCUUCCACACUUCGAACAGGAUGCGGUUCAGCGUUAUAUUUCUCAUCGCUCAACGCUCUGCGGCGCCGCGCAGCCUUGCUGGCAGCUGGUCGCGCUGAUGUAACGAUCGUCACUGGAGACCACUCGUCUUCUCUUCCCAAAUUGAGCAACACCGCAAACCUAGCUACGGGAGCCGCAGCACGAACAUGGGCAGGCUUUAUGAUGAUGCCGAUCACGGUGCUGAAGGUCCGGUAUGAAAGCAGCUUAUACGCAUACACAAGCUUGAUGGGCGCGUCGAAAGACAUAUACCGUACUACAGGCCUCAAAGGCUUCUUUGCUGGCUUCGGCGCAACAGCUGUGCGAGACGCGCCCUACGCAGGUCUUUACGUGCUGUUCUACGAACAGUCGAAGCGCCGUCUGUCCGCCCUCGCGACCAAGAUCGAGUCUACCGAUCCUUCUUCGAAUGCGAAACUAUCUACGACCACGAGCGCCGGCAUCAACUUUGUCUCUGGAGUCGCCGCUGCUGGCCUCGGUACUACGUUCACGAACCCCUUCGAUGCGAUCAAGACGAGGAUUCAGCUCAUGCCGGAUACGUAUACGAAUUUGAUACAAGCGGGGAAGAAGAUGCUCGCUGAAGAGGGACCGAGGAGUCUGCUUGACGGGCUGGGUAUCAGAAUAGCGAGGAAGGCGAUCAGCAGUGCGCUUGCGUGGACUGUGUACGAGGAAUUGAUUCGCAGGGCAGAGAGAGGCUGGCAGGAAGUCGAGACCGUCUCCUCUGCGAAGGUUGAGGGCAAGGUAUAA